GGGUGCCGUUCUUCACCACCCGCCUUGGCGCCUCUGUCGUUAGCUACGAGCCCCAGGACCCACGGGCACAGCGGAGUCCGCAAGAGAUCUACGCAGAUCCCCGUUCGCGGUUCAAGGACAGCUACGCCCAGUUCGCGAAGCACCUGCAUCAAUGGCUGCGGCAGUUCCCCUCGGAUGGACGCCUUCGGAAAAGUGACUUCAUCUCCGAAGAAAUUGACGAUGUCGAGGACCCAUCACAUCCUGUGCGAAAGGAGCUGCGCAGGCGGCUCGGAAACCUGGCUCUCCGCGCUGGGCUAUCUGAGAGCGACCGGGAGGUCAGGAGUAUCGAGGACCUCUUCGUGGAGAGGCUCAAGGAGCGGGAGGUGGCCCUCCAGCACCUCAGGUACGAGCACGCCGACUCGGAUGCCAAGAAUGCACAGCUGCGGAAUGCUCUGCGCGCGAGUGCGGCGGCACUUCAGCACGCAGCAACGCUGGUUCCCCCGGACAUUGGCGUGAACGCUCCGGAGGAUGACCACCUGGCGCUGAUCGGAGACCUCCAGCGCCAGGUCGUGGCCAAGGACAACGAGCUGUUGGGCUUGCGCAAGGGCACGUCCCAGGCCCAAAGUUUGGCCGUGAGGGCGCAGAGGACCUUGCAGCAAGCCUUGUCAAAGUGGGCGGCACCGCCGUCCGCCAUUCCUUUGGAGCUGAAGCGUGAUGUUUUCAGGGCAUGGUCAGCUUCGGCGCGGGGCG